AUUGUACAUAUAUAACUUAACUUGUUUCAGUUGUAACCAAAAUGAAAUCAUUCGCAUUCGGACUGUUGAUGCUUGUGGCGUGCGCCGCCGCCCUGCCCCAAAUCUCUGUAUCUGAUUUCGGAGCAGAGAGGAGGGAUAUUGCUCAGAUUAUCGUUGAUGCCAUCGAGAGAUUCUCGGCAAGAAUCACGGAUCCUGUCAACAUCGAGCGCGCUGAGGGAGAAUACGUUUUAUUUCUCCCCACUGUAUUCAGUGCGAAAGGUCGCGUCGAGAAUCUAAGAGUCUCCGGUCAAAGUGAUAUCCGGAUCAACAGAAUCAGCUACUCUCCGUUCAACAAUAUUGUGGACAUUGACAUCUCUCUACCGAGCGUCUCAGCGGUUGUUGGUGGUUCUUCAUUCGAACUUAUUGUUCUUGGCCGUGAAAUCUCUGGAAGCUUAAGCGGAUUGUUGCAAGUCAAUGGACUAAGAGUAAGCGGCACCGCAAAAGUAGUAGUGGGUGCCGGAGUUUCGGUUACCGAAGUUGACGUCGAACCUCGUUUGGGCAGCAUCCAGUCUGCACUCGCUAUCAGAAUCUUCGGCUUGGACCUCUCCGCCCCUGUCAAUAACUGGCUGAACAGCCUUCCUGCGAACCUCGCCCUCUACCAAGAUCUCAUCAAGCGCGGCCUCGAUCAGAUCAUCGCAAUCCUGCUUAAUCACUUUUUGAACUAAUUAUAAAUUUAUACUUCAGUCAAUAGCUGUAUUAUAAUUUAUAAAUAAUUUAAAAACAUGUUUCAAAUCCAACAGCAAUUUUCUUAUGAUGUAAAAUUUCAAAAAUAAAAUAAUUCCAAUAACACA